AUGGGUCAACCAAGAGCACCAUUGGGUGCCCCUCAAAGACAUCAUUGGGAAGUAGUAUGGGGAAUUGAAGCUCACUUCUGGCCUAUUAUCACUAACAAUCCUUCACCGGUAGUGAUUCCUCAUCAUGCGGAUGGAAGAACUUUUGAAGUUAGAACAACCGCCCUCCAAAGUCUACCAAAAUUUAAGGGGUUAGCAACGGAAGAACCUUAUUUUCAUUUGGAGACGUACGACUCUAUUUGCAACACCAUUGGAGGUCAAGGUUUCUCUUCGGAUGAUGUCAAGUUAGUUCUCUUCCAAUUCUCUUUGGAAGACAAAGCAAAGAGAUGGUUUCAUACUUUACCCUCUGCGUCGAUUUUUACAUGGGCCGAUAUGCAACAGAUUUUUUUGGAUGAAUAUUACACCUCUCAAAAGACUAAUGAUACAAGGAGAGGUUUGAGAAGCUUCCAACAACAAUCGGGGGAGAUGUUUCAUGAAGUGUUUGAAAGGUUCAAUAUGAUGCUAAGGAAUUGCCCUCACCAUGGGAUCCAACUUUGGGAGUUGUUGAACGCAUUUCAUGAAGGGUUGAGUUCGGAGGAUGCACGUGAUUUGAUGUCGAUUACUAAUGGUACAUUCGGUACCAACUUUGAACAUGUCGAUUGGGCAUUUUUAGAGCAAAUGGCGGUGAAUUCCAAGAGGAAGGCCCAAUCUUCAAGAAGGGCAAGGCAUGUGAUACAGAGGCCACAAGUGCAUGGAGUAGAGAGUGGAAACGUGCAAACUACGAAUCAAGUGUACAAUGUGUGCACUAAUUGUAAUGAAAUAGGUCACACGGCGGAAGUUUGUGUAGUGGGAGUGGUUGAUGAGCAAGUAGAGGAAGUGAAUGUCGUUCAAGGGGGUGGUCGAAAUUUCAAUAUGAACUCCAACACGUACCACCGCGGGUUACUAAAUCAUCCUAAUUUCUGUUAUGGGAACGCGACAAACCAAGCUAACCCAAACUUUCAAGGAGCUCAAGGUAACUUUGCACCUCGUCAACAAUACAAUCAAGGCAACUAUAGAGGUGGAAACAAUUAUGGUUAUCAAGGGCAAUUUCAACAAAUGGGUCAAAGUGGUUCGGGUCAAAAUUCGUCAAGCGGGAAUGAAGUCAUGGAUAUGCUUCGGGCUAUGCAACAAGAUAUGCAAAAACGGAAUCAACUUGACGAAGUCCGGAUGCAAAAGGAUGAGGUUUGUGAUAAAAGUAUUCAAUCACUAACAACCCAAAUGGGUCAAUUGGCAACCGACGUGGCGGAGUUGAAGAAAAGCAAAGGUCAACUUCCUGGCGAUACCAAGGUAAAUCCUUCCCAUGGUUCGUCACGAGGUAACAAUGUUAAUAUUAGUCAUGUUAGUGUGUUGAGAAGUGGCAAAGAAUUUAAGGCCAAUUUGUCACCGGGUUUGGUUGAAGAGGUAGUUGAGGAUGCCACGGGUAAUGAAAGUGAUGAUGAAGUUUCACCGGUUAAACCUAAAGAAUCAAAUGUUAAAAAACCGGGGUUGGGUCAAAAUGAAAAAAGUGAAAAAGAUGAAGGUGAACCGAGUCAAGUCCCGUUUCCAUCGGCUUUACUUGACCCGGAUUUAGUCGACGGAUGCAACCCGCAUGAGUAUGAGGAGGAUGGUAUGGAUGUUUGUUGGUGUGAUUUUUCUGAACAGGUACAUGCUUGGGCAUUAAGGGCUGAAGAGGAGAAGCAAGAUGCUAUGGCUUUAAAAGAGGGUCGAAAUAAGCUCGGGUACUAG